UCCAAAAUCCCAUAAUUCGGUUAUAGAUAUUCUUGAGAAAGAAAAAGUAUUUUCUGGAAGAUUAUCGAAAUAAUAUAUUUUUUUUCUGAAGGAUUUAUUCUUCGGAUAUUUAGAUAGAGAAAUAAAAAAAAAGAGAAGAAAUACUACGAUUAUUACGGACUAGCGAGAUCUUAAAACUGAUGAGUGGCACAACGGAUUCACAAUUUAGAUUCCGAAGAGUCUCAAUCGCUAACGCGAUCUUCUUAUUCGUCCUGAUAAUAACACUGACUUUUAAAUCGACGGUCGUUAAAGCUCAAGGAAUUCGCUGUGAACCGUCCAAUCUCAACUUGACGGGUUGCGAAAAAUUUCUAAACGAAAUAUGCUUACCGAGGAUAGAUAACGACUGGGAGUGCGAUUGUGAAUCAGGCUUCACGAGGGAUGUCGCUAAUAGGACAUUCAAUUGUUUAGAAAUAAAAAGUAGCUACAAAUUAUCGGUUCAUUUUCCGAAGCUAAAAUAUUCUAAAGAUUACAAAAAUAAAGUGACCCCUAUGUUUAUGGAAUUCCAAGCCGAGAUAUGGUUCAAAAUUCUCAACUAUCUAUACACGGAAAACAUCCCCAUGAUAAGCAUAGAUCUUAUAUCAGCCAUCAAAUGGAAGGAACACACAACUGUAGCCAUCCUUAAAUUUAUGUUGCAUCAAGAUUAUCAUGACUCAGCUUUACUAAAAGCUAUGAACUCUUACUUUACCGCCAAUGUGGAGGACAAAAAAUUCGGCAAUGCUAAGAUAGUCUCUAUUGCCGUAGAUACAGAUCCUAAGCAAUGUUUGAUGGGUCGAGAUAAAUCUGCAAGAUGCGCGGAUCCUAACGAAAUGUGUGACUCCAACAGCAAUAAAUGUCUUUGCCGAAUGGGGAAAACUAGAAAUGGCCAAAAUGGGAUAUGCCAAGAUAUAGAAAGGCAAAUGAAUUUUAUUAUGUCGAUUCCGAAUAUUCCAUAUGAUUCCAAUUUCCUGAGCGCUGGCAAUUUCGUGGUGGAAUCUCAGUUAUUCAGCAUAAUAACCCAUCAAUAUCCAGACGUGAUCUCCCUCAAACUCAAUUCGGUCAUUCCCGGAACUAAGGGAAUUUUGGCAGAAUUUUCGGUAUUCUUGUCACAAAAUAUAACGGUUCAAGAUAUGAGGAACGCCAUAGAAGCCGCCAUGAGAGAAAAUACGAACCUAGAUAAUUUAAGCGAAUCCAUAGUGUUCUGGGUCGAAGAUUUGACUCUCUCAUGUUCGAUCAACGAAUGUCCCAUCGAUUCUGUGUGCGUGAUCACGAAAGGCCGAAAGAUUUGUCAAUGUCACGGAAAGAAAAUUGCUAAUUCUUAUUCUGGGCAAUGUGAAGAUUCCUUGCACAUCUACACGGCUUUGAUAGAUUUCAGUAUCCCAUAUUUAUCCAGCUACAUGGAUCCAUAUUCUGACCAUUUUUAUACCCUGGCCAAAUCGAUAGAGAUGGAAAUAUAUUCGAUGCUAUCUCUUAACGAUACCAGUUACCACGCCGUCAAGGUGCAAACCAUAUUCCCUGGUAUCAAAGGCACAUUCUUAAAAAUAAAAUUAUAUUCUACCUUUCAUUACCCGGCAUCUGACAUAAAAAAAUAUUUGUCGUUCGUCGCUGACAGCUAUAAUCUAGAAAAUAAUACUUUCUUAGUGUCUUCGGCGUCACUCCUAAGAUCGGCCAAUAUCUUGGAUAUAACGGACGAAAAGGAAGAUGAGGAUCAGAAUUGUGAUCUGGAUACUAAUGAAGGUUGCAACAUUUCUAAGAGGUUUGUCUGCAUUUCUAUUGACAAUCGAGUCAAUAGGUGCCGCUGUCCAGUUGGGUUGGUGAAAAAUUUCGUGACGAAAGAAUGCGAAGUACCACAUUCCAAGUUUUACAUCGAAUUACUACUUCAAAUUCCUUGGUCUCAGGCUUAUCAAGAUACAACCAAUGAUCAAUACAAAUUUUUGACUCAAAAGUUCGAAAAUGAGUUCUUCGCCAAAUUGCUAGAGAAAGAAGCUAAUCUGAUAUCCAUCAAUCUUGAUUCCAUCAUGCCAUCAGCAUUUUUCGAUAUCAACAACGAAUUUUUGUCCUUCAUCGGGUUUUCUGUCUAUUUCAACAAAUUUAUUGGUGAUUCACCCCCAAGCGAGCUGAGAGGCGCCUUCGAAAAGGUAGUCAAAUUGGCGCUUAAGGAUACGUACCCUAAAAAUUUGCUCUUCAAGAAUAGUCAGUUGAUGAGUUUAGAAGGUUCUUACAAAAACUGUGUUCCAUCGUUCGACGAUAAAAACGUAUGCCAAGCAACUGAAAUAUGUUCAUCCGAGGAUAACACAUGUGAAUGUCAAGUUGGUUAUGACAAAAAUUACCUAACCGAUAUAUGCGAAAAAAUCAAUUCACAAUACCAAGUUCUCCUAACGUUAGACAUUCCUUUCAUCAAAUCCUUCGCUAGCCCUAGAACUUCUGACUUCAAAACCCUGGCUAGGAUCUUGGAAACCGAACUGAAUAGACACCUAUCGGAAAAAAGUAAAUAUGCCUAUAUAAACUGCGACAUCGAUAACAUGAUUCCACUAGGAACUGAACAUCUUAUAGUGAGCUCCAUUUUGUCUUUCAAAACAGGGAUGUCCUUCGAUUUUGUCCUGAAAAAUUUGGAGAUAUCGAUCGCGGAAUCACAAAGCCUCAAGCUUCUAUCUAAUUCCGAGAUUAUUCUUUUGACCGGACCUCCUAGUUACUGUUACGAUUUCAAAAAUAACGGGGGUUGUCAAAACAUGACAAACUCUGUAUGCACGCCAAUCUUCGCUUUCUCUCAGGGUCAGAAUAUGGAUUUCGGGGAGUGCAAAUGCAAGUCGGGAACUUACAAUUAUCCUAUAACGGAAACUUGCACGAAAAUUCAAACAUCCUUGAGAUUCGGUAUCAAAGUAUAUGGGAAAAUUUUAGAAGAACUUAAAAACAAAGCUCACCACUCCUUUCAACUCUACAAGAAGGCAUUUGACAUAACGUUAUUCGACGCGUUAUACUCCGAUGAACCCGACAUAAUUGGAGUUUCUUUGAUAGAUAUAAAUCAGGAUCCGAACAGGAAAGACCGCCUAGUAGACGCAAUGGCAGAUCAAGAUCUCAAAUACCUCCUAGAUAUCUAUUUCGGUAAUUCGGAAGUCAACCAGACCCAUUUCAUUGAAAGUUUUAGAUUAUUGAUGAAAAAGACGAAGUUUCCAAUGUUCAAAGAUGGUUCCUUCGAUAGCAUCAACAAUUUGAGUUAUAUCGAUUACAUGCAAGUACUGAAACUUGAAGAGUCCUUGUGGAGUGUAGAAAAAACGACCUCCUUUGUUCUACAAAUGGUAAAGCACGAACCGAAAUCCUCCAAUAAAAACGUUAGGCGCACAACCAAUCCUCAUAAAUUGACUACUACAUUAUACCAUAUGCCAGCCUUGAAUUUUAGAGAUGAGACGCUUUGGCUGGAUAACACCAACGGUCUCGUCAAUUCUAAUCUAACUGUCGUAAAUAAUUCCGAUUUCCAAAAUCUGUUGAGUUCUUUACUCAACGCAGAAGGAAUCAACAAUGAACCUGGCCAAGAAGAAGAUAAUGUGUACAAUGAAAAAUCAAUGGAAGAUUACCUAGAGGAACUUAUGAAAAAUGUGACUAAUAACACGGCUCAUGGUUUAAAUGGUAUAAAUACCUUUAUAAGCGGAAAUCUUAAUGAAUCUCUCAUAAAAACAUCUGUUAAAGAAUUUGAUUUCCUUCGAGAUGUGCCUAUCACUAUAUCUAGUAGGAAGUCCGUUAGAAGCCAAACAACAAAGAUUUCAGCUUUGAGAAAAGGUGUCACGAUUAAUGGAAGGCCCAAGUUAAUAACUGCGCCCACAUCUAAAGUCGUAAAAUUAUCUACUUCAGAUAUAUUUAUUAAGGUUGUUAAAUCUCACGCUGCAAAAACUCCUGGAAAGAUCAAUAACAGUAUCCCUAAAACUAUGCUACAAAAACAAUUAUUAACUGCAUCCAAUUACAUGAGUAUGAAACCACCGAAACUCAUAUCCGGAGGAGCUAAAAUUUCUCUUAAGCCAAUUACGAGUAUUCCCGCCUAUAAAGCACCUACAACCAGUCAUUCAUUAAUUGAUAUGAUAUCAAACUUUGAAUCAAAACACACCAAAACACAGAAGGUCCGAAACGUUACCAAAGGUUCCUAUACCCCUAACAAUGUUAACGCUUCUAUAAUUUAUUUAUCGAGUUCCAACGAAGAUAAAAUUGGUAAUAGCAUUGAAAAAGAGGAAGUCUUAGACAAAUACCCAUGGGCCAUAAAACAGAUUAGCGGUAGUUCGACAUCUCGACCAUAUGUUACAUCGGCAAUUUUAAUUUCAACAAUAUAUUACUUUGCUUUACAUUAUAUAUAAUUUUUUCACAAUACCCAUUAUUGACUUAAAUUCGUAGUUAAAUAGCGGUUUACAAUCUUCUAUCCUUUUUAACAAAAAAAAACAA